GCGGCAUCAGUGAUGUACAGGCUAUCCAUGUUGAUCUAGAAGAAAUUUUGAAAAAUGUCAAUGUUUUGCAAAAACAUUGUAAUAAAUAUCACUAUCUUUUCAUGUGUACUAUUACAUUUGCAUUUUUUUCUUCUCCCCACUGUCUUUUUCUCAAAGCAGUAGACAUAGAAGUUAAGGUUGCAGGUUUGGAUUAGUUACCUGGAAAAUGCGGGCGAUCCUGUCAACACGCAUAUCUUCAAUUUUAAGCGUAAUUCUCUUGUUUUCUCUGUACAAUACAAAUGUCUCCAUUUUAGCAGAACAAUUUAUUCAAUCGAUCCUGCAGAGCCGGGAACCUGAAAAAAAAGAGGAUGAUGGGUGUAGCAAGGCGCACUUUUUGGCAGGUUGUUGGUACGCAUGACAGGAUAUGGUGCAUUCCAGGUGUACUGGGAACUCAGGAUUUUCAACCUCCUGGAUGGAUGUUUCAACUGGAAAGCCCCCCGAGGUGGGAUUUCCGAGUCGUGAAGUCGGGGAAUCCUCCACACCCCGAGCUCACAAUCAAAGAUGGCUGCCCCGACUGUAAACAAAGUAGACGCUCCUGAAAUAUUCCAUUUGUUAGCGCUUCUGAUUAGUUUUUUUUCGCACUAAAUGAGUAAUGUUGGGAGCUCGAAAAACCAUGCUUCCCAGUACAACUGGAACGCAACACAUGUUGUUGUGACGUCAUUCGCUUUCCGACUCCCGCACUUUUUGGCGGUUACCAUGGAGUCCAGUUUGUCACCCUACCAAGAAAUAAUCGAAAAUAUGCUCAGACAUGGCCAUUCUGAUGAACAAAUAUCCAGUCAUCUCCAAUUUGAAUGUGGAUUGACCAAAGGCUUUUCCAAAGCAAACCUUCGUCGAUUUUGCGCCCAAAAUGGUAUAGGCAGAAAACGGAUCCAGGACUCCAAACUGGAGAGCGAGAUUGCUAAAGCAAUUAAAGAGACUGGACCAUCAUACGGUAGAAGAAUGAUGCAUGGCUACCUGUCCUCAAAGGGGAUCAAAGCAUCAGAGGGGCGUGUUGGUGGGAUCCUCAGAAAUAUAAACCUGCCAUACCAUGCAGAUCGUCAUCACAGAUCAAGGAACUUAAAUCCAGUGCCAUACAGUGCCGAGUACACGGGCCACAAACUUCACAUUGACCAGAACGAGAAACUGGUGAUGUUCGGGGUGACCCAUGUUCUUUCCGUUGAUGGUUUCUCCAGUAAAAUUAUCAGCCAUUCCACUAUGCCUGUGAAAAACAACCUGACAAUAUAUCAAGAGGUCUACAG